UCGUCCGAGUCUGGAUAAAGGCACAGAAGAUCUCCUACUUUGACAUAGGCAAGUUGGAUCAUCUCCUGUUCAUCGUUCACCAUGGCAAAGGUCUGUUUCUUUUUGGUCGCCUUAUGCGGAUUGGCCUCACUGAGUGUUGCGGAGCCAAGCAGCACCAUGUACGGUAGCCCUGCUACCCCAGCCAAGUAUCCAGCUCCGGCCACUUAUCCAGCUCCUGCUCCCGCCCCUGCCAAAUACGAAACUCCGGCUCCCACAAAAUACGAAACUCCUACCACCACUGCAAAAUACGAAGCUCCAACUCCUGCCAAAUAUGAAGCUGCUCCCAAGUACGAGGAGAAGAAGGAAGAAUACCCAAUGAAGAUGGAAUACAAGACCGAGGAGAAACCAAUGGAAUACAAGAAAGAAGAGAAGAUGGAGUACAAAAAAGAAACUUACCCCAAGAAGAUGGAAUACGGAGGCAAGAAGUACAGGCGAUCCAUCGACGAAGAUGCCGAGGAAUCCCAUUCUGACCCAAUGAGACGUCCUAUGAUGUACAAACUAACCCCAACGGAUCUCAAAGCCGUCCGAGAUGCCGUCAUCAGUAAACUCUUGUCAGCAGAGAGUGAUCCUGUCCGAAGGCCGGCGAAGGCAGGAAUCCUUACAGAUUUGUUUAAGUUCCUGGUCAGGGAUGAGAAUGAUUUCAUCAUGGCGAGCGAUCCUGUCCGAAGGCCUGCGACGGCAGGAAUCCUUACAGAUUUGUUCAAGUUCCUGUCCAGAGAUGAGGAUGAUUUCACCAUGGCGAGCGAUCCUGUCCGAAGAGGUGGGAAAUCGAAAUUCGCUGGACAACUCGCCGGUAAUUUGGCCGGAGGUGUUUUGGGUGGACUGUUGAACGAUGAGAAUUGCUGGCGCGUUGGACUGUCGAGGAAACAAGCCAAAGUCGUUCGUGAUGCCGUGAUGACGAAACUGGUGAUGGAGAGCGAUCCCGCCUUCCGCAAGUCGUUCGGCAAGACCUUCGCCCGAGAAGGAGCCGGUGCAGUGGGAUCUUUCAUUGGUUCAAAGAUUCGUGGCGGAGAUGCUGAAGAUCUAGUCCAGAUGUACGGAAGAGAUCCUGCAAGAAGGAAAUUUCUGAAGAAUGUGGCUAGUAAUUUUGGUGCCGGUGUCGUGGGUGGAUUGUUGGGCAAUGAAGAAGCCUUGUCCAUGGAAGAGUUGGACGAUAUGAUGGACGAUAUGGAUCCUGGUAAACGUCGGUGGUGGUAAUCGUCCCGCCUUUUCAUUUUCUCGUUAAAAAACUGACGACGACCAACGCGUUCAAAUCGAAAUUUUCCUUUUUCGGAAGACAUUUCUUUUCUAUAAUGCUUGUAAUGUUCGUGCGACUGUGAUGGUUUGUUCUUUGUGGAAUGAGUUUCCUAGAAAUAACGAAUACAAGAAAUAUCUUCUUUAUAACUGAAACAAA